GCGAGUUUGGCUGCCCUGUUUCCUGACAGAAAGCCGAGCCAGAGACAGCCGAAAUAAGCCACACCUAAAUCUGUUCAGGCACUGAGAGGAAGCAGCUCUUCUGGACCUUUUAGAACCGGGGUCCUUAGCGGGUGUAAAGAGUCCAUGGCCGGGCAGAUGUAUCCAGGCAGCCCGGCGCAGGCGGCGGAUCACGGGGGCAACUCGGAGCAGCUGAGCCCCUCCGCUGUCAACCGCGUCUUAAUGGAGUUCCUCAUGUACUUCGGGCGGGCCGUGUUCCUCUUCUACCCGGUGUACCUGACCGGCUACCUGGGCCUCAGUAUCAGCUGGGUGCUGCUAUGCAUGCUCAUGGUCACCUGGUGGAAGAAAAACCGUCAGUGGAAGGACGCACGGAUCGGAGGUGCCAUUGAAUUUGUGGACAACGAAACGCACGUGAUCAACACAGAGCUGAAGAGUGGAUUACAGAUGGCAUCAUGGGUCCAUUUCACUAAUGUUGAGAAAGUGCACUGGGUUAACAAGGUGUUGGAGCAGGCGUGGCCUUUCUUUGGGAUGUACAUGGAGAAGUUACUCAAAGUAAACAUCCAGGCGGCCGUCAGGCAGUCCAACGCUGCACUCAAGACGUUCACUUUUACCAAGGUCCACUUUGGCCACAUUCCUCUCAGGAUCACUGGAAUGAAAGCCUACACCCAUGAAGUGGAUCAGAGGGAGGUGGUUCUGGACUUAAAUAUUUGUUAUGACGGUGAUGUGGACAUCGAUGCUGAGGUGAAGUCGCCGAUCACAGCUGGUGUGAAGGGACUUAAACUCCAGGGGAUGCUAAGAGUCAUUUUAGAGCCUCUUAUUGGUGAAGCACCGCUGGUGGGAGGGGUCACCUUUUUCUUCAUUCGCCGCCCUACGCUACAGAUCAACUGGACAGGUGCAACCAACCUUUUGGACAGUCCUGCCUUUAGUUCACUGUCUGAGGACACGAUAAUGAACAUCAUCGCCUCUCUCAUGGUGCUGCCCAACCGCAUGUGUAUUCCCCUCAUAGAUCAGGUCAAAGUGGACCAGAUGAGGUUCCCACUUCCUCGUGGAGUGGUGAGAGUCCAUUUGCUGGAGGCCAGAGACCUGUUGGCGAAGGAUACAUACAUGAUGGGCUUAGUGAAAGGCAAAUCAGACCCCUACGCCACACUCAGAGUCGGCAACCGACAAGUCAAAAGCAAAACCGUCAAAGAGGAUUUGCACCCAAAAUGGAAUGAAGUGUAUGAGUUUGUUGUGCACGAGGCCCCGGGUCAAGAGCUGGAGGUGGAGCUGUAUGACGAAGACACAGAUAAAGAUGACUUGCUUGGAACAUAUAACCUUGACUUCGGCGAGGUGAAGAAGGAGAAACAAAUGGAUCAGUGGUUUCCUCUGGAGGGGGUUCAGUAUGGGGAAGUUCGUCUCAAGCUCCAGUGGCUUUCCCUUCAGGCUGACUCCAGCCUGCUAAAGGAGUCUACAGAUGGGCUUGCUUGUGCUAUGCUUGCAGUGUAUCUGGAAAAUGCCUCAAACAUACCGAAAGACCACAGUGAGAUCACAGAGCAUCACAAACAUGGGAAGCAUUCAAAGGAAGCACGGCUCACAAGGAGAACUGCCAAUCCCAACUCCUUUGUGGAAUUUUCCAUUGAUAAGGAUGUUCAGAAAAGCAAGGUUGUGUAUGCAUCUAAAGACCCAGUGUUUGAGGAGGGAUUCACCUUCUUUGUGCAUAGCGUCAAAACACAGCAGCUCACAGUUCAGGUCAAAGAGCCUGAGAAGAAGACUGCACUCGGUGUUCAACUUGCUCUCAGUCGCCUGCUCAACACCUCCAACAUGACUCUAGACCAGCGUUUCCCCCUGGAGCGCUCUGGGGCAAACAGCCAUAUCAAACUGAAGGCCACUCUCAGGAUUCUCACUGAGGACCAGCCGCCACCCAAGAUUAUUCUGGAUCCUCCUCCACAACCCAAACAGCAAACGCUACAGAGCAACCAAGGAGGUGACGCCAGUCUCUCCACUGGUGUAUCCUCGACUCCAGAAGUUUCCUCCAACAACAUACCCGCUGCCUCUCCUCACCCGAUUGGCUAUUCACAGAAUGGCUCAAGUGAAGAAUAUUUAGCUCACCCCCAUGGCUCCUACCUGGCUGGUGAAACCUGGAAGUCACCUUCUUCCCCACAAAACAUGCGUCGAUUCGACUCUCACAGCCUGCUGUCAGAGAACUCCAUCGCUUCAUCACGUUUCGACCUCUCAGACGGAGCCUGCUAUCCAGAGGCCAUUAGAAAACAUCAGGGUUCAUUUGGAGAGAUAAACCUGACUGUGCGGUAUGCUACCCUGAGGAACAAACUCAUCGUCAUUGUAACUCUUGCAGCGGUCGUCCCUCCCCUGCUCCAAUCCAACCUCAGCUCCAGAUGUUGCAGGUGUGGUGGGACGGACAAGGAGGCGGGGCGACAGCAGCCCAGCACACAAAAAUACAAAUUACCAGACAGGGGGAGGCGGACAGAGGCACAGCCGUAA